UGUGUCGUGUGUUUAUAAAAUUAAUUAUUUGAUUAAUUAAACACACCACCACCCAGGCAUCAAUCAAAUCAAAUCACACUCCCAAUCUCAAUUACACAUAUAUUAAGCUAAUUUCAGUUUCAUUUCUUUUCUUGAUUUUGAUUUCAUCAUCAUUGUUUGUUAGUGAUUGUGAUUGGGUACGUGGUGCUGAUGGGGAAGGUGGCGGUGACAGCGGCGGUCAUAGGUGCUGCCGCCAUGUGCGCGGUGGUGGCUCUGCUCGUGCGCCACCAGCUCCGUAAUUCGAGCCAGUCUUCACGAGCUGCUGCGAUUUUGAAGGAGUUUGAAGAAAAGCGUGGGACCCCUGAGUCGAAAUUGAAACAGGUGGCGGAUGCGAUGCCGGUGGAGAUGCACGCCGGACUUGUGUCGGAAGGCAGAAGCAAACUGAAAAUGCUAAUCAGCUAUGUUGAUAAUCUUCCCGCUGGGCACCACUUCCUCCUUGAGUUUCAAAUCGUAGUGACAUUGAUCCAUUCUAUUGCAAUGAAUAAUGGUUGUAAGCGCAUCCCACUGUCUGCUCUUUCUCAUUCUUCUGCAAGAACCGGUUACUCUGAAUGAACAUCAAUAAUUAUUUUUGGUAGUAACAAUUGGUUGCUUAAUUUUUGUUGAUGACAGGACAACGGAGACGUGUUUCACAUAAUGGCCAUACUGCUCCACGUUCAGUCUCCGCAACUGCGACAAUUAAUGGCACGCACAUUUUUACACCAUUUUCAUAGAGGUUUUUUGCCCAUCCUGCUUCCUUUGAUUCUCAUACCAAACUAGAUUGCGCCAAGAUCGGCCUUCCUUCGCUUCGUACUUCUACAAGAAUAGGUUGACGGGAUCCACAGAUUUUAUUCUGGAUUCAAUUUAUUUUAAUUUUUUUUUAUACUUUGUCAUGUUUGAUUUGUGAUUUAUGGUUCUAUCCUAUAUUCUAUCUCAUGUGCUAUUCUCGGGGAUUCAGUUUUAAUGCAAUUGAUAUGCAUGAGUUUUGUUCAUUAUCACCAAGGUAUCAUAAUUUUUUCAUAUUGCAUCUCUGUAUAUUUUUACAGCCAUGAGUUUCCAACAUCAAUUCAGGAGGUGUGUAACUAAUAAAAAGCCUAGGCAGGACCACUGGCAGAAGACAGGAAAGAAGGAUUGGCAGUGGUUUUGAUCCAGCUAUUACCGCAGAAAAGUAGACACAACUGAGAAGGAUGACAUGAUUCUCAACACAAAUUUUCAAGAAAGGAGGAGUAAAAAGUGCCUUUAGUUGCAAUAUACUAAAGGAUAAAUGCCCAAGUCUGUUCAAGCCAGAGCAGCUUGAAGCCGAUGCUCUUCAGAAUAGCUUUGACAGAAAACCAUCUUUAAUGUCGUCUAAGAUCCCGGCGACAUUACUUAACUCUUUGUUCCAAAAGGAUGCUGGCAGUUGUUCAGGGUUAUUGCGAUUCUCACAGGUAUUUAGUCUUUUCCAUAAGUUUGGUCAUGUGGUAUGUUUAACCUCCUUCGGAUUUCCUGCAGUAACCACAUCAUGUGCAAUUACUCCUCGGGUUACUAAUAGAACUUCCCUGGACUUUUCCAGCUAAAUUUGUUGAUUCUUAGCCCACAUGAUACGGGAGAGGCAGGGCUUAGAAUGACCAAGUUUGCAUAGAUUUGCUGAGGUUCAAGUGCAGUACUUUCAAGGAUAAAAGGUUUAUAAUCAAAUGACUCUCCUGUAAACAGAACUAGCUUCUUCAUCGUCUGAGAAACUCAAACAAUUUUAAGAAAACGAUGAGAAAUCGAGGUCCUAGAGAAUGCACAUAUAUACUGUGUUGCUGAAAGACAUGGCUCCUGAACCUCUUAGCUACAAUACAAAAGUAUGCGCAUAGAUUUUUUCCCUACAGCUACAUAUUGUAUGCUCAAAAAAGAGGAAUAAAGGAUGUUGUAGGAUUGUCAGUUCUGCAUCUACGAGGCAGAUGGAUGGAUUAUGAUGUAGGAUUGUGAGUUCUGCAGGUACCAGGCGGGGAGGGAAAAAUAUCAGCAUGCAAGAUCAAGUGACCUGAGUAAAUAAGAUUGAUUAAGAAAACCUGUUUUUUUUGUAGUAUUGUCAUGUCAAUUUCUUUGAUUUUUUCACGCUGAUUCUACUAGCACUGUAGUAUGUAUGGAUGCACUACUGUAGAAAACUAUAGAUGCAAUUGAAGUGGUUAAUUAAUUUGUAAAACCUAUCUUUGGUGGACCUUUGUACUUUGUAAUGUACUUCCGUCCAUUCGUGAAUUGAAGCACUAUAUUAACCGGAA